GCAUCAGUCACUGAACUGUCUGGGUUUGAGUGAGGUCAACGGAUUUCUGAUCGGACAUCCCUAUGCCAAGAAUUUGAAAGGGUCCUGAGAGUCAGUGAUUGGAGUCCAGGCUGAGGUUGAACAUUGACUGCCCCCGGGGAAGCAGUGACAGCAGCCUGUCUUUCCAUGACGGUAACUCAGUAACAGCUUUGCCCUGGAGGUUGGAAAAGUCUGUUUGACUUUUUCCUCUUGGUUCCAGAGAGAGCUCAGGCCUCCCUGUCCUGACCGUUCAGGCAGCUUGGCCCAGUGAGUCCUCUACCUGAUGUCCCCUCUACAGUGUUGGGACAUCCCAGUGACCACUUCUGGAAACAGGACAAGAAAACAUUUAUCCUCCCACCCUACCCCUGUCUCCACCAGCAGAGCAAGGAGGAGCUUGGGAGCACUUGGAAUCCAUGAGGACUAGAGAGGACUAGCAGGUUUCAGCACUCCCCAACGGUUAGGAUCAGCUCCAGCCAUGGCGUUUGAGGAGCUUCUGAUCAGGGCUGGGGGUGUGGGCCUCUUCCAGGUCCUGCAGAUAUGCACCUUGCUCCUCUCCGCCGUCUUGAUACCUUUUCACAUGAUUCUGGAGAAUUUCUCGGCUGCUGUCCCAGACCAUCGCUGCUGGACCCAUGUGCUGGACAACAGCUCUGAGGUGCCCACCAACCUGACCCACGAGGCCCUCCUGGCCAUUUCCGUCCCACCUGGCCCCGACCUGCAGCCUCACCGGUGCCGCCGCUUCCGCCACCCACAGUGGCAGUUCCUCAACCCCAAUGUCACAGCUGCCAACGAGAGAGAGGCUGCCACAGAGCCAUGUGUGGAUGGUUGGGUCUAUGACCACAGCACCUUCAUAGCUACAGUUGUGACCAGGUGGGACCUGGUGUGCGGCUCCCAGAGCCUGAAGCCCCUGGGCCAGUCCAUCUUCAUGGCUGGGAUCCUGGCAGGAGCCUUUGUCUGGGGCUUUCUCUCCUACAGGCUGGGGCGGAAGCCAAUGUUGAGCUGGUGCAACCUGCAAGUGGCUGUGGCUGGUGCUGCCACCAUCUUGGCUCCCAACUUCUUCAUCUACUGUGGCCUUCGGUUCCUGAGUGCCUUUGGGCUGGCUGGCAUUAUACUGGCCCAGACUACACUGAUGGCUGAGUGGACCACGACCCGCAGGAGGGCUGUUACCAUGGCGAUCCUGGGCUGCACUUAUAGCACAGGCCAGAUGGCCUUGGCAGGCCUGGCCUAUGCCUUGCGGGACUGGCGAAACCUCCAGCUGGCUGUGUCCAUCCCCUUCUUGGCAACAUUCCUGCUGUCCUGGUGGCUGCCAGAAUCCGCCCGAUGGCUGAUUACUACAGGCCAACCAGAGAAAGCACUUCAGGAGCUCCAGAAGGUAGCCCAGAUAAAUGGCCACAAGGAAGCCAAGGAGACACUGACCAUAGAGGUGCUGAAAUCCUGCAUGGCCGGGGAAGCAACCGAGACUCGGGGAUCCGUGCUGGACCUGUUCCGUGUGCCUAUGCUCGCCCAAAGAACCUGUGUCAUGGUGGUGGUGAACUUCUCCCUAAUGUUGUCCUACUAUGGCCUGGUCCUGGACCUGCAAAGCCUGGGCAGGAACAUCUUCCUCUUGCAGACCCUCUUUGGCGCUGUGGACUUCCUGGGCCGCGCCACAACCGUCCUAUUGCUCAGAUUCCUGGGCCGCCGCGUGACGCUGGUGGGCUUCCUGGCCCUGGCGGGGUCCUGCAUCUUAGGCAAUGUGCUGGUGCCACAAGACCUGCAGACUCUGCGUGUGGCCCUAGCUGUCCUGGGGAAAGGAUGUUUCGGGAUCUGCUUGACUUGUCUCGCUGUGUACACGACAGAGCUCUUCCCAACACCGCUGAGGAUGACAGCAGACGGCUUCCUGCAGUCUGUGGGCCGCCUAGGGGCUAUAGCAGGCCCCUUGAUUAAGAUGACCGGCCAGGUCCUGCCCCUGAUGCCACCACUCACCUAUGGAGCUUUGCCCAUUGCCGCUAGCCUCGUCCUCCUGCUCUCCCUCCCAGAGACCAAGGGAAUUCCACUCCCAGACACUAUCCAGGACUUGGAGGGCAGGUCAUCCACAGCCAAAGGUAGCCAGCAAGAGGUGGUCGUUAUGAAAAGCACCCGGUUCUAGAAAUGUCACCAUUGGAGCCAUUGGCUGGCUGAAACCUCCUGGAAAGGAGUGGACUCUUCAGUCUGAAGCACAUCGAUGACCAGGAGGACUCACCCUGGCAGGGCGGGCCACAUGGCUGCCUCCUGUAGCUAGAGGCCCUCACUCCAGUUCUCCCCUUCCUAAACGUAUUCUCUGUUCUGCACGACCUGGAUGUCUCAGCUGAACCUUCUCCCACACCUUCACUCAGCACCCUCGCUGCUCAAGAUUAGGGUUGCAGACUCCCCAUCACGUACUCAGCUGUGAAACGGAGGAUGCCAUUUCCCUCCCAGGGCUUGGUCUGGGGCCAGCUGAUCUUAGUUCAGUCACCAGGAUGCUGCCGGCUGCCUUAUGUGGGUAUGUAGGUUGUGUACGAUCUCAAGGCACUCCACAGAGGAAGCCUGUGGGAGCUGGGAUCCAGCCCAGGUUUGCCCUGGCCCAGCCACCUGUUCUACAGGUGCAGUGACUAUCACAAGAAAGGGGCCCACUUUAACCACUUCCUGUUGCUCAUUGGUGAGGGAGAGAUCUCUGCGCCCGGUUUACACGUGGCCCAAACACUGGACAGACAAGACCAAUGGCAAUUUAAUUCAUCAUAGUCACAUUCCAGAGAGGCCAGCCCUACCACCACACAGUGCCACAAGGGGGCUGCACCCAGGAGCUCUGAAGUACCAAGUGACUCCUGGCUUCUGUGGAAGAGGAGACUAGCUUGCUUGUUGAUGGACAGGGAACCAAAGUCCACUGGGUUAAAGACAGCAUUUUGGUGUCCAAGGACUAUGCCACCAAGGCGGCCAUGUUGAUCCGGGUGGCCUGUGCUGCCACUGAGGGACAUGAUGAUAUUCAGCCAAGGAUCAUGCUUGGGUCUGUUGCACAAUUAAUAAAAGCUGUGAGACCGA